AUGACAUCAUAUAAGACGUGUGCCGUGCCAAUGUGUAUAAGUACGACCAUUAAAAAUCCUGAGAAAUUGUUUAUACACGUUCCUAAAUGUCCAAAACGUCGAAAGCAGUGGUUACAGUUAGCACGCAGAGACUCGAAGUUUACAUCUGAUAAAUCUACAAUUUUCUUUUGUGAAGACCACUUUGAUCUACCUAAUGAUAUGGAAAAUUACAUUCAGUACAGUAUAAUGGAUUCUGUUGGUAAAAUAAGAAUGAAGCCGGACUGCUUGCCAUCAAAGUUUGAAUGUCAACCAGACAGAAUGAAACGUACUGCGCCUCCGCAGCCUCGGUCAGUCAUAAGCAAAAGGCGACGUAUGCACAUAAUACAGGAUGUAAUUUCCAAGGAAACUCAAAUGCCAGCAACAUCAGGCACGACAAGCGAGUGUAAUUUUCAGUCUGCUACUGUGAAGGAUGAAUGCUUUCCUAAUUUUCAAGAUAAAGCAAUACAAACCAAUACCACAUCUAUUGCAACAUCACCUUUUAAAGUUACAACGUCUGGAGUUCAAUCAGCAAGAUUUAUGAAUACUAAAAUUAAGAGGAAAUUAUUAUUCACAAGUGAGAAGCUAGAAGUGUCAUCUUCAAAUAGUUCAACACCCGUAAAACAUUCACUGUCAAAAACUGACACUUCACCGUCUGUUCAGUCCUUGGUUAUGAUGACAUCAACAAGUGACCAAGAGACUCAGUCUGAAUUAGCCCAAAUAAAAAUGAAAAUUGAAGCAGAAACUCUAUGCAAAAUUUCAAUUGAAAAUACUGUAAGAUUAAUU